AUGCGUUACGCUCUUUAUACCCUCGCCCUUGGGGCAACCUCGACCCUGGCGGUCCCGGUGUCUGUGAUACCGCACAAUGGUACCCUGCCGAACGUCCCCGGCAGAAUCGGUACCCCCAUUACCCCCCCAUCCAGAGAUCGUGCUGGAUUGCAGUCUCGUACCUUCCUGCCUCUUAUUGAAUGGCUCGGCCAUCACGGCUCGGCCACUUCCACUACCUCUUGUGAAACAUGCGAGGCUUCCGGUAGCGCGACUAGCAGCGGCGCUGUUAGUGUGACUCCCACCGUCUGCGAAAAAUGUGAGAAUGGCCAUGGGAUUGGCGUGAGCGUCAGCUUCGGAACCGACCCUAGUGCCUCUGCAGGCGCCAGUGUCAGUGGUGGUGUUACCGGAAGUGUGAGCGGAGGCGUCAGUGGUAGUGGUAGUGUCGGCGCCAAUGUUGGUGGUGGUGCCAAUGCCGGUGUUAGUGGUGACGUUGGAGCUGACGUUGGUGCCAGCGGCAGCGGAGAUGUUAGCGGUGGUGCUAACGUUGGAGGAGAUGCCAGUGGUGACGCCGGAGCUGGCGUGAGUGCCACGGGCAGUGGAGAUGUUGGCGCCAGCGGAGAUACCGGUGCGAGUGCUGGCGGCGACGUUAGUGGCAGUGCCAACGCUGGAGGAGAUGUUAGCGGCGGAGCUAACGUUGGUGGUGAUGCUUCUGGUAGUACCACUGUUGGAGGAGGUGUCAAUGCCGGCAGUGACGUUGGUGCUAGUGGUGAUGCUGGAGCCGAUGCUGGCGCCAGUGGAAGUGGAGAUGUCUCCGGUGGUGGUAAUGUUGGUGGUAAUGUUGGUGCUAGUGGUGACGCUGGCGCUGAUGUUGGUGGAGAUGUUUCUGGCGGUGUCAACGUUGGUGGUGAUCUUGGAGCUGGCGGAGAUGUCAAUGGAGGAGCCAAUGUCGGCGCAGGUGUCGGUGCUAACGGGGAUGCUGGUGCAAAUGUCGGUGGCAACGUUGGAGGUGAUGUUAGCGGCAACGCUGGCGCUGAUGUUGGUGGAGGAGCCAAUGUCGGUGGUGAUGUCGGCGCUGGCGUUGGUGCUAACGGUGAUCUUAGUGCCGGUGUUGGAGCCAAUGUUGGAGGUAUCCUCGGUGGUAUCGCUGGUCUUGUUGGUAAUGCUGGUGCAGGGGUCGGUGCCAAUGUGGGCGGACACGUCGGUGGAAACGUCGGCGCCAAUGCCGGUGUUGGCGCUGAUGCUGGCGCUGGAGAGGACUGCGACGAGUAA